AUGGAUUCAUCACCUUUUCCAGAUGACAGCCAUUAUAGCAUGAAUAUUAACAUGCCCGACAUCAGCCCCAAGAUUCCUGAUGCUUACAUGUGCACUGCUAAGAAGCUAGAUCCUCAUGAAGCCUACAUUGUGAAAUAUGAGCCUGACAUCAGUGCCAAAACCGCACAUCACAUGCUUCUAUUUGGUUGCAAGGAUCUUUUAAACGAAGAUCACCUAUAUCCUACUCAUUGGAAUUGCGCCCAAGGAGAUCUAUGCAAUCGUAUGAGCAUAAUGUAUGGAUGGGCUAAAAAUGCACCUCCGAUGGAGCUUCCCAAAGAUGUUGGAUUUCUAAUUGGUGGUAAUAGUUCCAUUAGAUAUCUUGUUCUGCAAAUUCACUAUGCAAGGCCAUUGCCAGAUGGAGUGACUGACAACAGUGGUUUAAAACUCCAUUUGACAACUCAAAGGCAACGAUAUAUAACUGGUAUACGGUUACUUCUUGCCGACUCUGCAAGGAUUCCUCCUCUCAAUCCAAGAUACCAUGUGGAUGUCAAUUGCAAAUUUGAAGAGAAUUACGUUAUUCACUUGUUUGCUUAUCGGGUUCACACGCAUAAACUUGGAUCUGUUGUUUCUGGAUAUUCCUUCAACACUAAUAACAACAGUUGGACAUUUCUUGCCAAAGGAAAUCCACAGUGGCCUCAAGCAUUUUAUCCCAUGGAAAAACAGCAUACAAUAACAAGUGAUGAUAUUUUACUUGCCCGAUGUACAUAUAAUUCAACAGAAUCAUCUCAUGCUGUAAAAAUUGGGUCAUCUUCAACGGAUGAAAUGUGUAACUUGUACUUGAUGUACUAUACUGAGUACCGCAAUGCGUUAUCUGGCCAGUCUCCUCCGUGCGUUGGAAUCCAGUUCCCUGAAUUAAUGAACCAUUUGCCUCAUGAUAGCGACAUUCCUUUGCCUCGUAAUCCGGAAAUGGAGCAGCAAGCCUUUGGAGAAGGCCACCAUCACAACACAGCAAUAACUUAUAAUAAUGUCGAGCCAAAAGUCUCUUCGACUACGAGAAAUUUUGAUCUGGCCGCCAACAAAGAGACUUUAAAUCCAAGUAACCAGCUGAAUAAUGAAUACAUGUACAAAGAAGUUCGGGGAUGGCCAUCGAAAGAUUUAAAAUUUGGACAAAUAGCAGCUUGUACAAUAGAUCGCAAUGGCAAUGUUGUUCUCUUCCAUCGAGGAAAUCAUGUUUGGAAUGAACUGACUUUUGAUUACUAUAACAAUUAUUUACGUGCUAGUUUUGGCCCAAUAGCAACACCGACAAUUGUUGUAAUCGAUUCUGUCACAGGAUUAUUAAUUCGUCAGUGGGGCAGUGACUUCUUCUAUAUGCCACAUGGGUUAUCCAUUAGUCCUGACGGAAGUUACUGGGUUACGGAUGUGGCACUCCAUCAGGUUUUCAAGUUUGCUGAUGGGGCUAAGAGUCCAACUAUCACUCUAGGUGAAGCAUUUAUUCCUGGGAAUGAUAACUCUCAUUUUUGCAAACCAACAAGUGCAGCUGUAAGCAAAAAUGGUGAAAUAUAUGUUGCUGAUGGUUACUGCAAUUCAAGAAUUGUAAGAUUUUCUCCGGAGGGUAAAUUUAUAAGUCAAUGGGGUAAACAAGACAAUGCAAUUGAAAAAAUACCGCCCGUUGGUAGUUUUAGAAUACCGCAUAAAGUAGUGCUGCUUGAAGACCGUAACUUGGUAUGUGUGGCUGAUCGAGAAAAUGGCAGAAUUCAGUGUUUCGCCAUGGUGACUGGUCGAUUUCGCUUUCAGAUACAGAGAGAAGAAUUUGGAGGGACUUUGUACUCGAUUGCAUAUGCUCCAAAGAAAGGACUACUUUUGGCUGUUUGUGGUGAAGCUGUUUAUAAAGACCACCAAGUGCGGGCAUUUAUCUUUAACAUCACAGACCAGAAGCUUUUGAAUGUGUUUGCACCUAUGAGUGGUGUAAGCGCAGAACUAUCUAUAAGUACAUUCUCACGUCCUCAUGAUAUUGCAGUUCUACCGGAUGGUGAUGAAGCUUUUGUUUGUGAAAUAGGACCCAAUUUGAUAUGGAAAUUUAUACGAGCAUAUCAUAAAUCAACGAAGAAAGUUCUUGAUACUGCUAUUCUAAAGCCUCAUGAAGCUGUAUUUUCAAGUAAUAUGGCAGGUACAGUCAUAAACAAAGACAAAGUGUUGAGCAAUAAAACAAUUGGUUCAAGUGACGAUUCUACGAGAUUUGAAACUUCCCUUAUUAUCAUGGCUUUCUUAGCAAUUCCAGUUUUAUGCCUUGUCAUCGUAACUGUAAUUAUUAGACUUAAGCGUCGAGGAAAGCUGCAGCAAUCAUAUUUUGGCAACUUAAAAGGUUGGUGGGGUGGUUACCGCACACCCCAUCCCCAGGACAAAUUCAACUUGGGGAGCCUCUUGAAUCCCCACAAAGGCUUCGAUCGAGUGUCUGUCGAGGAGAGUGAUGCUGAGGGGGAAGAAGGAAGCGAGUCAGAUGUCGAAGAAUAUAGUGCAAUUGCAAAAAAGACUUAAUCUUCAAUGUAUGCCUAGAAUCUUAAACACUUGGAGGUUAUCUCUCUUAUGCUGGACACUGAAGGGUAACAAAUUUUAAACUUAAAACUGAAGGACUUUUUAAAUUGUUAUUGUGGAAAGUUGAAGAGGAAGG